UAAAAAGAGAGCAAUUUUUGCUGUUGUACUGUGCACCGUUUCCCCACCGAAUCAGCAUCAUGGCUAUGACAAUAUUCCACUUUGUUAUGUGUGCCGUAUUGUUGAAAGGAGUCCUGGGGCUUCCUUUUGCCUCUGAAGAAGAAGCCAAUCAGUUUUUAGGACUCAAGAGGCAAACACCUUCUUUCGACUAUUUGCAACUAACUAGUGGCCAGAAUAACUUGGCUGACAAGGUUAGCGAAGCUUGGGAAGCACUGAAGAAGUCAGCACAGUAUUACUUGGGUUCUGAAUGGUUUCAAUUUGAUACCGACACAGCCAAGAAGCACAUUACCUCUUAUAUGGACAUGUUACCCCAAUCUGAAGCAGGACUUAAGCGGCAGAGAAGAGAUGCCUCGCAGACGUUGGAAAUAAUAAUAAAAAUUUAGAACCAACAACACCUUGCGUAGAGGAAAACAUUCAAUGCCUCACCACAAGUGCAGACAUUAACAACCCACCAAAUCUCAAGAGGAAAAAAUAUACAUAUCGCUUGGCUGUGCAUAAAGUAUAUACAAUAAUUGAUUAUAUUUUAGUUUGUAAAAUAUGUUAAGUAAAUUGUUAAAUGCUAAUAUUGGAAGUAUUAAAGUUUCAAAUCAUA